ACACAACACAACACAAGUACACAACCAGCUUCAUUGGCAGCCCCACCCCUAGCCGCCUUCCGUGACACUCCACCCAAAUUAUGGAUAUUCAGGACUUGUUUAUGAAGUCAACGUUAGAUUCUAUUUUCAAAGUUGCAUUUGGAGUUGAUCUAGACAGUAUGUGUGGCUCAAAUGAAGAAGGGAAGAAAUUUGGCCAGGCUUUUGAUGAUGCUAGUGCUUCAACCAUGUUACGAUAUGUAGACAUCUUUUGGCCUAUCAAGAAAUUUCUCAACAUUGGCGCAGAGGCUAAACUUAAGAGAAGUGUCAAAACUGUUGAUGAUUUUGUUUACAAAUUAAUCAGUAACAAAGUGGAACUAAUGAAAAGUUCACAAAGCAAUGUCUCAGAAAUGCAGAUGAAAAAGGAUGAUAUCUUGUCAAGGUUCCUGGAGCAGAGCGACACUGAUUUGAAGUAUCUGAGAGAUAUAAUCUUGAGCUUUGUAAUUGCGGGUAAAGACACAACAGCAGUUACACUUUCAUGGUUUGUUUACAUGCUUUGUAAACACCAGAAUAUACAGGAAAAGGUUGCUGAAGAAGUAAGGAAAAUUACGAAAAUGGAAGGAGUUGGAAAAUUUUCAGAACUUGCUGCUAGUUUGACAGAAGAAUCACUUGAAAGAAUGCAAUAUUUACAUGCUGCAUUGACAGAAACUCUCAGACUCUAUCCAGCAGUUCCAAUGGUAAUUCUAGCUAGUCGCAGUCAGAAAAUUUCAUUGCUCUCAUAAUCUCAUUGUUUGUUCUCUUCCUUUUUAUUUUUCUCUUUUGUGUUACACGUUACUUGCUGAAGUUUAUGUCAAUUUCAGAGGCACAUUCCAACUUAUCAUAUAUCAACCAAGCUAAUUUCUACCUUUCUCUCAA